AGCCGCACCGAACAAGGUUAAUAUGUACCUGCAGAAGAACCGCGACGACAGCCGCACGCGACCCCUGCCAGCCGGGGCAGAGUUGGGGAAACGUCCAACACUGGCGCGCUUAUAAGCUUCGCUUGGGGUUGCGGGGGCAGCUAAUCAAAUAAGCUGGGCAUUUUGGUUUUGGCGAGGAGAUUCGCUGCGGUCUCUCGGCCCAAGUGUGGCGGCGGGCCAAUCCCAGGGCGCUGGGAUUAUUGCUGGUGGGUUUACUGGCGUCUCAGACGAUGCAGGUAAUAUACCUACCUAAACUUGAUGAGGGGACUUUGGGGGUGUUUUUGGGGUCCUGGUUGUGAUCAUAAACAAGCUCUGUCCUGUAGCUGUGUUAUAAAGCUCUUCCUGGAACUGGAACUGUCUCCUAAGACGCAGACGCCAUUGUAUGGCCACAGUCCAUUACGGCUCCUCGUCCAUAUGGCUAUCUCACUGUUUCUGGCCGUAGCGGCUCUGCUGCCGUGGCAAGCCGCCGCAGUGGACCUGUUUGUGCGCUCGACCGGCGGCAACGCCAGCUCGCCCAUCAUGUACGGCAUCAUGCAUGAGGACAUCAACAACUCGGGCGACGGCGGCAUCUACGCCGAGCUGAUUCGCAACCGCGCCUUCCAGGGCAGCGCCGCCUUCCCCGCGAGCCUCGACGGCUGGUCGAGCGUCGGGCCGGCCGCGCUGGCCCUGCAGCAGCAGUCCCCCCAAAACCCGCCGCUGUCGGCCGCGCUGCCGAACUGCGUCCGCGUGACUGCGGCUGCCACCAAGAAAACAACGAUCGUCGGCCUCGCCAACGCCGGGUUCUGGGGCAUGGACGUGCGCGUGCAGAACUACACGGGCUCCUUCUUCGCGCGCGGCGCGUACGCGGGCGCCUUUACCGCGUCGCUGCAGUCGGCUCUCACCGGCGAGCUGCUCGCCAGCGUGCAGGUCCCGAGCAAGCUGGCUGACGGCAAGGGCAACGGGUGGACGGAGCACGCGUUCAAGCUGGUGCCGGGCAAGGCGGCGGCGAAUAGCAAUAACUCGUUUGCUAUCACGUUUGACGCGGCGGGGCUGGAUGGCGAGACGCCGUUCCUCGACUUCAACUUGAUCAGUCUCUUUCCGCCGACGUACAAGAACCGCGCUAACGGGCUGCGCGUCGACAUUGCUGAGGCUAUUGCGGAGCUGAAGCCCAGAUUCCUCCGCUUCCCCGGCGGCAACAUGCUCGAGGGCGACACGCUCACGACCUUCUGGAAAUGGAACGAGACCAUCGGCCCGCUGAAGGACCGCCCCGGCAUGCCCGGCGUGUGGAAGUACCAGCUCACCACGGGCCUGGGUCUCGUCGAGUACAUGCAGUGGUGUGAUGAUAUGGCGCUUGAACCAAUACUGGCCGUCUGGGACGGCCUCGCGCUCGACGGGACCUUCGUGCCGCAAUCCCAAAUCCACGAGGCAGUCCAGUUCGCGCUCGACGAGAUCGAGUUCCUGACGGGCGACGCGGCAACAACCAAGUGGGGCGCAGCGCGCGCGGCGCUGCUGGGCCACGCCACGCCGUGGACGAUCCGCUUCGUCGAGAUCGGGAAUGAGGACUGGCUGGCGGGCCGCCCGACGGCGUACGACUCGUACCGGGCGUACCGCUUCGAGGCGUUCGCGGCGGCUUUUGGUCGGAAAUACCCUGCCAUCCAGCUCAUCGCGUCGCCGUCCGUGUUUGAUGACAUGAUUAUUCCUGCGCCGGCUGCGGGUGAUUAUCAUCCGUAUCUCACGCCUGACGAGUUUGUGGCUAGGUUCGGCAAGUUUGAUGCGCUGACGACGCAGAACCAGACCCUGAUCGGCGAGGUCGCGGCCGUCCACCCCAACGGCGGCCUGGGCUGGGCCGACGGCAACACGCUGAUGGCGAACCCGUGGUGGGGAGGCAGCGUCAGCGAGGGCAUCUUCAUGAUCGGCGCCGAGCGGAACGGAGACAAACUCAUUGGGGCCGCAUAUGCCCCCGGGCUCCGCAACCUCAAUCGCUGGCAAUGGGGCAUGACGCUGCUGCAGCACGCUGCGGACCCGGCGCUGACGACCCGCUCCACCAGCUGGUAUCUGCUGGCGAGCCAUGAACUCACGCACACGCUGCCCGUCACCGACGCGGCGGGCAGCGGCGUCGGGCCGCUGUACCACGUUGCCGGCGCCAGCAAGCACGGGCAGCGCAUCUUCAAGGCCGGCGUGUACAACACGACACAGCCCGUGGCCGUGGCGGUGCGGUUUGAGGGGGUGGCGGCCGCGAGCACGGCGACCUUGACGGUGCUCAGCGGCCCAGACGAUGCGUAUGGUUUUAACGACCCCUACACGCGCGUCAACGUGGUCAACGAGACGACAUCUACUGUGGUGGCCGGCAAGGACGGCGCCUUCGCUUUUAGCCUGCCACGGCUGAGCAUCGCUGUGCUGGAGACGGCGGCGGAGAAGCGUGUUGGUUAG